UAAGCCUGCCACGUCAUGGCAUCAGUUCAUCCCAGGCGCGUGCGGCCAGCUAAGCAGUUGGUAGCAGCAGCACUCCACCGCGGUCACACGCGCCCCCUCCGCCCCCUUCCUCCCUCUCCAUCCAGCACGGGGCAGCUCCGAGGCGGGUCCGGAGGAGGGCAUGGCGCGGCGCGCGGCGGCGGCGGCGAGGCUUCUACGCCGCCCGGGACCGCUCGCCGCGGAGCCGCCGGCAUGCCUCAUACUGAAUAUGAAUUUGCAAGCCGCACUGUGAAUUCUUGUAGAAGAUUCCACUGGAUUCCCAGUCUACAGCGUCCACCAUGUGGACCUAGAACUAAUGUGGAAACAUAUGAAGGGCAACACAGUGCUAAUAAGGCUUCUGAAGUUCAGAAGCGCACAUUUGGUUCUGCGGCAACACACAAUCAGAGGAAUCCAGCCUAUUCAGAGCUGAACUCUGAUGAUGUUUGUUACUUCAAGAGCAUCUUGGGUGACAAUGGUGUAGUUCAGGAUGAAGACAGAAUCGCAGUUGCAAACGUAGACUGGAUGGGUAAAUACAAGGGUGCAAGUCAGCUGCUACUUUUACCAAAAAGUACUAAAGAGGUUUCUAAGAUUCUUUCAUAUUGCAACACCAGACGAUUGGCUGUGGUUCCACAAGGUGGCAAUACAGGCCUCGUAGGUGGAAGUGUGCCUGUUUAUGAUGAGGUGAUUGUCAGCCUCGCAGGCAUGGACAAAAUUAUUUCCUUUGAUAAUGUAAAUGGUAUUCUUACUAGUGAAGCUGGUUGUGUAUUGGAGAAUUUAAGUACCUUCGUGGAAAAUGAAGGGUUUAUUAUGCCACUUGACUUGGGAGCGAAAGGAAGUUGCCACAUUGGUGGAAACAUUUCAACUAAUGCUGGUGGCCUGCGUUUCAUACGCUAUGGUUCACUUCAUGGAAAUGUACUUGGUCUUGAAGUUGUGCUUGCUGAUGGGACAAUCCUUGACAUGCUUACUACCUUAAGGAAAGACAAUACUGGGUACGAUCUGAAGCACUUAUUCAUUGGGAGUGAAGGUUCGCUAGGAGUGGUCACCAAAGUUGCAGUACUCACACCUGCAAAGCUACCUGCAACUAAUGUUGCAUUUCUUUCAUGCAAUGACUACACAAGCUGCCAGAAAUUACUGCUUGCAGCUAGGAGGAACUUGGGUGAGAUUCUGUCUGCAUUUGAGUUCAUGGAUCAUCACUGUAUUGAUCUGGCUAUACGACAUUUGGAAGGUGUUCAAAAUCCUUUACCUGCAUCGCAGUACAAGUUUUAUGUUCUAAUUGAGACAACAGGGAGUGAUGAAUCGUAUGACAAAACAAAACUGGAAGCUUUUUUGUUGCGUUCAAUGGAAGAUGGUCUGGUUUCUGAUGGAGUCAUAGCGCAGGAUAUCAGCCAAGCAUCAAACUUUUGGCGUAUCCGUGAGCAGACCGCCUGGGCAUAUCUCCAGAGCCCUUGAGCGGCGUCCACGUCAAAGUAGCCAACGGCGAGCGGCUGCAGUCAUCCGGGGUUUGCCGUGCGGUCCGCGUCAUCAUCGGCGGCGAACCCUUCAACAUUGACGUCUUCGUCAUCCCAUUGGAGGGCUACGAGCUGGUCUUGGGGUACCGUUGGCUGCGCUCCCUCGGCUCCUUCAACUGGGACUGCGCGCGCCAGCGCCUAUCCUUCUAGAACGGCGGCCGACGGGUGCGCCUCGUGGGCAAGGGCGCUCCUUCUAGACCGCGCCUUGCUGCGGCCGUGGCGGCGAUCGACUACCUCCAGCUCCUCCUUGACUCGUUUGCCGACCUCUUUGAGCCGCCGACAACUCUCCCACCGAGCCGCAGCUUCGACCACCACCGGACGGACGGCGCUCGCGCUUGCGCCCGCACUGCAUGCACGUGCGCCGGCGCCUGCAUCCGUCACUCUGCCCCGAGCACCCUGCCGCUGGAGGACUUUGCAGUCCUGCAGGAGCCCACCGCGUCGUCCUUGGGACGCUGGGAGCCUGGGACCACUAUCAGCUCGACGGCACGAGGUACAAGGGCGUCGUGCUCCUAUGCGGCGGCUGCGCCAGCGAGUCCGCCAUCACCACCACCGACGCCGACGAGGCCAUUCUGUUCCGCUACCUCGACACCGGCGACAAAGCUGCUUUCCCCUUCGCGCUGCCCACCAUCCGCACCAAGCUAGAGAGACGGCUUGGUUUUGUUCCUUUGCUGCUACUACAGCCAUGGCUACUACACCGUCGCCGUCUGCAAGAACACCAUUGGGGAAUUGCAGCCUGUUGUUCUCGCGGCUUCUCUUGCCUUUGUUGCUCAAUUUCAACAUUGCAUGGCAACCACCUUGGGCAGCAUCCAUGGCCAUUUCCAUCUGACAGCUCGAGGACGAGCUGUCUUCAAGGGGUGGUGAAGUGUUAUGGCAAGUGGAGCCAAUCCAGGGCCCCACGCGGCACUGUAGUAUGUGUACAGUACCGCGUGAAUAAUCCGAUUUGAUUAGAUUGAUUUGGUCUAUUAGGAAAGAGAUAAGAUAGAUUGAUUCGGUUAGGAUAUUGCUUAGGGGUCAAGUCAGUCGUCUCUAUAAAAGAGACUAUCAUGUAUCUCUUUGAGGCAAGCAAGAUUAGAACCAAAUACUUCCCAGAGCCUCCAACGUGAGGGCGGGUAGCCUCUGAUCCUGCUAUCUACCAUAUCAGUUCAUGUGGUUAGUGAUAAUUCUGCACUAGCAUGAAAUAACUUGCACCCAAGGCAGAUGCUUAUGCUUACAGGCUUUCAGUUACAUCA